AUGUACCAAAUCAAGUAUAACGACCAUCCCUCUAUGAGAGGCUUGGGUACUGUACUAGAAAAAAUAAAAACAGUGAUGUGGAAUUUCAUAGGGCAGAUUAUUCUCGCUUUACUUCCGCAACUAAUAUUAACAGCAGCAUACAUGUCACAAGCGAACAUCUUAGAAGACAGAUCCACAACUAAAGGCCGUCUGGUCGCUAUUAUUAGUCCCCCCGACCACUUCUUGUUUUUUAGUUCUAUGACUAGCUUGAACACCCGCCGUGCUAAAGCGACUUACUUGAGCCAUGUUUGUGGUAUAGCCUCCAUUUUGGCUGCGUCCGUAUUGAGCCAUAAUAUUUUAGGGAUGUUAUAUAAAACGAUGUCAGGAACCCCUGUCUCUCAAUCUUACUUAGCCUCGGUGGCUUCAGUUAUGGCAUUAGCCAAUGGGGUAUCUAACAGCGAUACAGGUGGCUCCACGCCCUCUAAACGAACUAGCAAACCACAAGUAACUGUGAUGAAAAUAAAUAAUACUGCAAGAAGUACAGCGAUGGGUGUGUGUGGGGGCUGGUUCGUCAGUUGGUUGUAUAAUCUGGCACCAGGGCAUCAUCAUGUCGCUGUAGCAGGUUUUGUCUCAUUAGCAGUGGCUCUGGUUGCUGCAGCAGUCAAUUUGCUAGUCAACAACAACACAGGUGUUUCGUCAACGAAACGAAUUAGCAAAGGGCAGAUUAUUGUGGCAGUAUUGAUUAAUAUGGUCGAUUAUGCAGUUGUGGCUGCGGCUUACAGUGGGGCCGAAGGCUAG